GUGAUGGCGGAUGUUGACGAUAUCGACACCAUGAAGAAUUUUCAGGGUUUCGAGAGAAUUGACAGGGAAUUGAGCCGCUAUCCAUAUUGUAUUGUGUGGACACCUAUCCCAAUCCUGUCGUGGUUUUUGCCUUUCAUCGGUCAUAUGGGAAUAUGCACCUCCACAGGUGUGAUACGGGACUUUGCCGGGCCUUAUUUUGUAUCUGAAGACAACAUGGCCUUUGGAAGACCAACAAAGUACUGGAAACUGGAUAAAAACAAGGUGUAUGGCAGUGGGUCCAAUGCCUGGGAUAAGGCAGUGCAUGAUGCCUCUGAGGAAUACAAAAACAGAAUGCACAACCUGUGCUGUGAUAACUGUCACUCCCACGUGGCCAUGGCCCUAAACCUCAUGCGCUAUGACAACAGCUCCUCAUGGAACAUGGUCAGCCUCUGUUUAAUGUCACUCAUCUACAGUAAACACGUCAGCUUUGUGGGGUUCCUCAAGACUUGGCUGCCCUUCCUUAUGCUCUGUGGAGUCGUGGUCACCAUCACCUUGGCCGUGAAUCUACGGUGACCAAGACACACACACACACACACACACACACAGUGAGAAGACAACGUGAGAGAUUUUACGAGAGCGGAUGGGAUUUCGGUUCAACUCAGGAUCAGUCGAAGCCACAGCAGUUAAAAAAAAAAAAAUCAAAUGCCAAGUGUAAUGCUGAAUGAAAAUUCCAGAACAUUCUUCUGUCUUCUUCUGUAUGCUAUGGAAGUGAACAGGAGUUCCUGCAUUGCUGUUUCAUGAGACUCUUUCUUUGCUUUUUUUUCUUUUCUUUUUUUUGAACAAAAUUGGACUUGAAAACCAUCGAUGCGCAAUCACAAAAAUGGAUUAAAAUGAUUCAUUUUGACUCUCGUAUCAGUAGCUCAAGCUAACAGUUUGACCCAUGAUGGACAGCAAGGUUGGACAGAUGUUAGGCUGCCCGACUGAAGUCAUCCCAGAGAGAGGAGCUGGAUACCUUUCCUGUCAAAUUGUAAGACUGCUGUUGAAAGGCAUAUGGUAAUCUAAUUUUAUUACAGUCAAGAUUCACUUUUUCUUUCUCUUUCCCCUGAAAUUUGCGUGACGUUCAGCUGCCAUAUACACGCAUGUGAGCAUCAACAUAUAUGUACAUGUUCACUUUGAAACAUACUUGAGAUGGUAGUGGUUGGCUUUGUUUCAAAUAUACAACUAUUUUGACAGUUUACCUACUUAUAUAUAAUGCAGAUAGUUUUGCCACAUCUGUGGUCUUUUGAUAUCUACUCAACACUCACUGAAGGGACAGAUACUUCAUUUUAUUAUAAGGGUUUUUGUACG